AUGGGUGGGCUAUGCUGCGUGCAGAAGCGCUUAGAUACUUCGGUGGACUGGAUCCGGGAAAGCCUUCCUGUUGCGCUGAGCGAUGACGUUGAUGUCGGCGUCCGCUUUGCGCCUCGGGUCGCCGACAUGGAAAGUCCCGAGCGUUCCAAGAAGAGCCAAACCCAGGGCCGCGACGACUUUGCCGAGGAGGUGGCCUUCCAGAUCGCGCUUGACCGCCAGGGCGACUUCAGGGAGCGACGGUCAGAGUUGGUCGAGGCAGCCUCCUGGCUGCCUGUGCUUUACGAAGUUUGUCCGCCGGGCCAGGAUGAAAUACCGCACCUCGCCAAGGCGGUCCACAGGAAAACUAAAGUUCCCCGGCACCUUGCCAGCUUUCGCAGGCCUUCCGGCUCAGCGGCGCAAGAACGGCUACACUCCUUCAUCUCUUCGAUGCAGCGUAUUUCUGCUGAGCAUGAGGCAGUGGCUAAAGUACUUGAGGUCUUCGAGGAUUACCUCAAUGUGCACAUUAUCCAAGAGCUUUGCACUGGGGGCUCGGUGUAUGAACGCAUCCUGGAACGACAGUAUUUCACUGAGCAGGAAGCGGCGGUGCUUGUAAAACACAUGCUCCAAGCUCUGGCCCCGUUUCACGAGAGCCAUCUGUAUCAUGGAAGUCUGAGCCCCGAGUGCUUCCGGUUCUUGAACAGCUCUCCCCACUCGCCGCUGAAGCUGGUGGACUUCGGCCUCGAGCUGAAGGCUCAUCGCUGGGAUGCCGUGGAGCACGUGAGUGGCCCCGACCUGCAAAACCCUUGUCUCCCAGAGUUCUUCGAGACCUGCAAGCUGGUCUUCUGCGCACCGGAUUUUGCGCCGCCCCAGCAAGCCAGGCGGAAGAAGGACGCGGAUUGCAAUCCAGUGGAGAUGGCAGCCUAUAGCAAUGUGGAGGAAGUUCGUGAGGAGCAAGGCGAGAUGAGCCUCCUGGACGAGGAGCUAUUGGCAAACGUCUUGAGUGAGCACGCGGACUGGGUGGAGGAGCUACUAGUGAAUUACUUGGCCCGCUUGUGUUCACGCCCAGAGGCUAGCCAGGCCCAUAACUACGGUGGCUACCCGCCCUUCUUCGCUCCGUCGCGGAACGCCAUCCUGGGGCGGAUCCAUCGCUGCGAGGUAGCCUUCGACCCACCCUUCUGGUCCAAGAUCUCGGAGGAGGCCAAGAGCUUCGUAUCCAGCUGCUUGCAGCAAUCCUUCUGGGAUCGGUGUAGCAUCCAGGAGGCCCUCAACCAUCCAUGGAUCUUGCGGCUGGCUGACAGCUCGCCAUCUGGCUCCAUGUUCGCGUCGUUUAUGCUGAACCUUCGUCGUUUCUACCGCACAUCCCUGAUAGAGACCUACACAGCCCGAAUCCUUGCGUCAGAGUUUCGUCGGGAAGAGCUGCGGGAGUUUCUUUGCCGGUGCCGGGAGAUAGACAUGGCGGGUAGUGGCUUCUUCACAGCCUCUGACCUCAAGCACAUCCUCUCAGCCUUGGGCCACCCUCAGAUUGCAGAGUCCAUUUCCAGCAGGUUUCUACAAACCUUCAGGCAUCCAGGGGAGUCCUACAUUGACUACAUGGCCUUGCUGGACUCGGUCCACCUCCGCCAGCAACGCAUGUUUGAGGAUGAGCUCUGGCGCCACUUUCAGCGCGUCCUUCAAAGCAGCGGUCGCUGUGAUGUGGAUAGCAUCUGCAGCUGCCUCUUCGUGAAGGACCUCGGGAUUGUUUUUGGCGACCCGGUCAUCGUGGGCCUUUUGAUGCGCGAGAUCCCUGACAGCCCGGGCUUGGAGGAUGCCAGCGUUUGCCAUCGCCUUCAGGUGGGGCUACGGGCCGAGUGCAUGCAGCGUGGCACAGAGCAGCUGGACUUCCGACGGCUUUGCGCCGUGCUCCUCCAGCAACUCCGCCAGUUCUAA